AUGGAGAACUACCAGAAGAUGGAGAAGGUCGGCGAGGGCACGUACGGUGUUGUGUACAAGGCGCGCGACUUGACUACUCCCGACCACCGCAUCGUCGCCCUCAAGAAGAUCCGACUCGAAGCGGAAGAUGAAGGCGUACCGUCCACAGCAAUUCGCGAGAUCAGUCUCAUGAAAGAGAUGCAGGAUCCCAGUGUGUUGCGCUUGCUUAACAUUGUGCACGCCGACGGCCACAAGCUGUACCUGGUCUUCGAGUUCAUGGACCUCGAUUUGAAGAAGUACAUGGAGGCUCUGCCGGUCAGCCAAGGUGGGCGUGGCAAGCCAUUGCCUGAAGGCGUACUCGAGGGCAGAGGACACUUUGGCCUUGGUGCAGAAAUGGUCAAGAAGUUUACUCACCAGCUACUGUCCGGAAUCCGCUAUUGCCACUCGCACCGUGUCCUCCACCGCGACUUGAAGCCACAGAACCUUCUAAUUGACAAGGAGGGCAACCUCAAGAUUGGCGACUUCGGUCUCGCCCGUGCCUUCGGUGUGCCUCUGCGAACAUACACUCACGAAGUCGUGACCCUUUGGUACCGUGCCCCAGAAAUCCUGCUCGGCGGUCGGCAAUACAGUACCGGUGUAGACAUGUGGUCAGUAGGCUGCAUCUUCGCCGAAAUGGCCACCCGCAAGCCUCUCUUCCCCGGCGACUCAGAAAUCGACGAGAUCUUCAAAAUCUUCCGUCUGCUCGGCACACCCACAGAGCAGGAAUGGCCAGGCGUCACAAGCUUCCCCGACUUCAAGUCAAGUUUCCCCAAGUGGGAGCGCAAGCAGGACGAUGAACUUGUAAACGCGGAUGGUGUUAAGGUUCUCGGUGACGAGGGAUUAAAUCUGCUCGACGCGCUUCUGGUCUACGACCCAGCUGGACGCAUGAGUGCCAAGCAGGCUGUGCAUCACCCAUACUUCACAGAUGGCACCAAGAUGUACAACAGCCGCACGAAUGGGUUUCACUGA